AUUCCCCCAAUUUCUACUGCGAGAAAACAGGAUAAAAAGCAAAUGAAUGAUACACCAAAAAUAUAUAACUGAAUUACAAGAAAAAAAAGAAUUCACUAAUGACUCUUAAUUUAAUUCCAUAAGUUGUGCAUUGUGUGAUCAAUGCACAUUUUCCACUCUCCCAAUUAAAACCUUACGUGCUACAGAUUUUUACAUACUUUUUUUUUUAAUAUAUCUGUUGCAUUUUUGGGUUUGUUUUUGGGUUGCCUGUGGAAGCAAAUAAUUCUCAUUAGUUUUGAGGUUAUUUAUCAUGGCUGGUCGUUAUAAUGAAAAUCCUUUUGCAGAAGAAGCUAACGUGAAUCCAUUUGCGAAUGGAAGUUCUACUCGUGGUUCAACAGUCGAUAUUCCUCUUGAUAAUGCAAAGACAACAAUGCAGGAUCUAAAGAAGAAGGAGAAGGAACUACAAGCUAGAGAGGCUGAUCUGAGAAGAAGAGAAGCGGAAGUGAAGAGGAGAGAAGAAGCUUUAGCAGGAGCCGGUGUUGUUAUAGAGGAAAGGAAUUGGCCACCAUUCUUACCCAUCUUUCAUCAAGAUAUCGCAAAUGAAAUUCCAAUCCAUCUACAAAAGUUGCAGUAUGUUGCGUUCGCUACAUUCUUGGGUUUGGGGUGUUGUUUACUAUGGAACCUUUUAUCGACCACCACUCUUUGGUUCAAAGGAGGAGACGUAGGCGCUUGGGUUUUGUCUAUUCUCUACUUAUUUGGUUUUCCAUUAGCCUACUUUGUGUGGUAUCGUCCUCUUUAUCGUGCAAUGAGGACUGAUAGCGCGCUGAAGUUUGGGUGGUUUUUCUUAUGUUAUUCGAUUCACAUUACAUAUUGCGUCUUAGCUGCGGUGGCACCUCCAUUCAUAUUUAGGGAACAUUCCUUGACUGGUUUUAUGAAUGCAAUUGAUCUUAUACGCUGGAGUUCGACACUUGGGGUAUUCUUCUUCAUAGGGGCUGGAUUGUUCUCUCUUGAGGCACUGAUUAGCAUAUGGGUUAUUCAGCAAGUGUUCCUGUAUUUCCGAGGGAGUGGUAAAGCUGCGGAGAUGAAGAAAGAGGCUGCAAGGUCAACGAUAAACGCAAUGUGAACUAACAUUGGGGGAUCGAAUUCGUGGAGUUUUGAACUUCCGCUGUUGUAUUUUUUGGAUUGUUUCUUCUCACACCUUAGCCUAGAUAAGCAUUUGUUAAUUAAUGUGACUUCUCAAGUACAUACAUAGUGGUGUCCUGGCCUCUGGCUAUACUAGUGUCGUGUUAAUCCUUAAAA